AUGAGAGUCUACGAGGACAGUUUCUCCGGCCAGAAGAUCUACCCUGGCAAGGGCAAGCUCUACGUUCGUGGUGACAGCAAGAUCUUCCGUUUCCAGAACGGCAAGUCCGAGUCGCUCUUCCUCCAGCGCAAGAACCCCCGCAAGAUCUCCUGGACCGUCCUUUACCGCAGACAGCACAAGAAGGGUAUCUCAGAGGAGGUCGCCAAGAAGCGCACUCGCCGCACCGUCAAGAGCCAGCGUGCCAUCGUUGGUGCCUCGCUCGAUGUGAUCAAGGAGCGCCGUUCGCAGCGCCCCGAGGCUCGCGCCGCCGCCCGCGCCGCCGCCAUCAAGGAGGGCAAGGCCAAGAAGACCGAGUCCGAGUCGGCAAAGAAGGCCAACAAGGCAAAGAACGCCGCCUCCGCCGCAAAGGGCCAGGCCGGCAAGAUUGCCAGCAAGCAGGGCGCCAAGGGUGCACCCGUCAAGGUCGCCGCCAAGUCCCGCUAA